GUUGAUUUCAGUUGAUUGAUGACUAUCUCAUUGUUUAACCAAUUUGUCGUCUCAGACACAAAUUAACUUUGAAUUUAUAACAUGCAUAACAUAGACUCUGAUAGUGAAGAUGAGUUACCGUCAGGGUGGGAGCAAAAGUCAACUGAAGACGGCAGUGUUUACUUUAUAAACACUUGUACCAAUAAGACGCAAUGGACACAUCCAAGAACUGGUCGGAAGAAGGAAAUUCCAAAAGAAUUGCCUUUCGGCUGGUCGAAAUCUGUGGACGAUGAAGGCAAGCCGGUGUAUGUUCAUAAGGAGACUGGGAACAAAACAUAUGUGGACCCUAGGUUAGCAUUCGCUACAGAUGCUAAGGAACAUGUGCAUGACUUUAGACAGAGGUUUGAUGCUUCUUCCACUGCUUUUCAGGUGUUACAUGGUGUGGACUUAUCAGGAAAAUAUGCACUUGUAACUGGUUCCAAUGCUGGCAUUGGCUAUGAAACUGCCAAAUCACUGGCCAGACACGGGUGCAAUGUUCUAUUUGCAAAUCGCAACAUGGAAGGCACACAGCAAGCCAUACAGACCAUAGUGCAGGAAACCAAAGCUUCAGAGGAUGAUUUAAAAUCUAUUCACUUAGAUUUAACCUCCUUACAGAGUGUGAAGAAAUGUGCUGCAGCAAUUAAAACGGUUUUCUCAGACCACCUUGACAUAGUAAUACUAAAUGCAGGUGUAUUUGGUUUACCAUAUACUGAAACCGGAGAGAACAUUGAGAUUACGUGCCAAGUCAACCAUCUUAGCCACUUAUACCUGGCUAUAUUGUUAGAGCCUCUCUUAAGAAAAGGCUCUAGAGUGAUAUUUGUGUCUUCAGAAUCACACAGGUUUGCUGAUCUGAAGAAUGUAUUUACACUGCAAAACAUUGCAAUGCCCAAAGAUUCCUAUAGUUCUAUGAUGGCUUACAACAAUUCCAAGUUGUAUAAUGUUAUUACUGCUAAGGUGCUAAGUGAAGAAUGGAGGGACAAAGGCAUAUGUGUGAAUUCUCUUCAUCCAGGAAACAUGGUGUACACAAACUUAAGCAAAUCAUGGUGGCUCUUCAGACUAGCAUUUUUCUUAGUCAGACCUUUCACUAAAUCUAUGCAACAAGCCGCCGCAACAACAGUCUACGCAGCAACAGCCGCCGAGUUAGAGGGCGUCACUGGCUUAUACUUUAACAACUGCUUCUACUGCGAAGAGUCAGCUCUCGCACGUGACAAAAGCUUAGCGCACGAACUAUUCGCCAUGUCGCUCAAAAUGAUCGCCGCUAGAGUUGGCCCCGAAGGCCUACAGAAGUACUUGGAUAAGUACGCGAGCACACAGCCUGUUGAUAAAGGAGAAUCCGAAGGAAAACAACAAUCUUCGAAUACAUAAUAGUUUUAAAGACUCCUGCUUUAAGACCAGACAAAUAAACGUUUUAUAUCAUAUUUAUUAAUUCCAAAGUGAUGAUAUUAACUUGUAUAUUUUAAAGCAUUUAAAGGUAGUAAUAUGUUAACUUUGUAUUUGUAUACUUAACUGAAGUUUUGACACAAAAAUGUUGAAUGAAAUAAGAAUACCUUACUUAUAAACAAAAUAAUGUAAAAAGUGUAUUAUAAUUUAUAAAAGGUGUAAAGAUUUGAAUCAAA